UGGAUGGUGAGCAGAACAUAUAACUUGUUAAUUUUUCUACACUUCAUCUACUACAAGUUCCAGCUUAGAAAUGGAUGUUCUUUGUGAAGAAAACACUUCUUUGAGCUCAAGUACAAACUCCUUAAUGCAACGAAAUGAUGGCACAAGGCUCUACAAUAAUGACUUUAACUCUGGAGAAGCUAACACUUCAGAUGCAUUUAAUUGGACAGUGGACUCAGAAAAUCGAACCAACCUUUCCUGUGAGGGCUGUCUCUCACCACCAUGCUUCUCCUUACUUCAUCUCCAGGAAAAAAACUGGUCUGCUUUGUUGACAGCUGUAGUGAUUAUUCUAACUAUUGCUGGAAACAUACUCGUCAUCAUGGCAGUGUCCCUAGAGAAAAAGCUGCAGAAUGCCACCAACUAUUUCCUGAUGUCACUUGCCAUAGCUGAUAUGCUGCUGGGUUUCCUUGUCAUGCCCGUGUCCAUGUUAACCAUCCUCUAUGGUUACCAGUGGCCUCUGCCUAGCAAGCUCUGUGCAAUCUGGAUUUACCUGGAUGUGCUCUUCUCCACGGCCUCCAUCAUGCACCUCUGUGCCAUCUCGCUGGACCGCUACGUCGCCAUCCAGAACCCCAUCCAUCAUAGCCGCUUCAAUUCCAGAACGAAGGCAUUUCUGAAAAUAAUUGCUGUUUGGACUAUAUCAGUAGGUAUAUCAAUGCCAAUCCCAGUCUUUGGGCUACAGGAUGAUUCCAAGGUCUUUAAGGAAGGGAGUUGCUUACUCGCAGACGAUAACUUUGUCUUGAUCGGCUCCUUCGUGUCAUUUUUCAUCCCCUUAACCAUCAUGGUGAUCACCUACUUUCUAACUAUCAAGUCACUCCAGAAAGAAGCUACUUUGUGUGUUGGUGAUCUUGGCACACGGGCCAAAUUAGCUUCUUUCAGCUUUCUUCCUCAGAGUUCCCUGUCUUCAGAAAAGCUCUUCCAGCGGUCCAUCCACAGGGAGCCAGGGGCCUAUGGCAAGAGGACUAUGCAGUCCAUCAGCAAUGAGCAAAAAGCUUGCAAGGUGCUGGGUAUCGUCUUCUUUCUGUUUGUGGUCAUGUGGUGCCCCUUUUUCAUCACGAACAUAAUGGCCGUCAUCUGCAAAGAGUCCUGUAGCGAGGACGUCCUCGGAGCCCUGCUCAAUGUGUUCGUUUGGAUCGGUUACCUCUCCUCGGCAGUGAACCCAUUGGUGUACACCCUGUUCAACAAGACUUACAGGUCGGCCUUUUCACGGUAUAUUCAGUGUCAGUACAAGGAAGAUAAAAAACCAUUGCAGUUAAUUUUAGUGAACACUAUCCCAGCCUUAGCCUACAAAUCUAGUCAACUCCAAAAGGGACAGAAAAAGAAAGAUGCCAAAGUGACAGGUAAUGACUGCACUAUGAUUCCUCUAGGAAAACAAAAUUCAGAAUAUGCUCCUACAGGCAAUAUCAACCCAGUGAAUGAAAAGGUUAGCUGUGUGUGAUAGACUAGUUGCCAUGGCAACCACGGAGCACACACUGAACAAGUUUUCACCUAUCUGGAAAAAAAAGAAAAGAAAAGAUAAUAGAGAGACUGGAAAAAAUUAGGCGGGUUUAGUAAAACCAACAAUAAUAUCUAGAUGCCUCAUUUUAUUCCAUCAGUUAAAAGCAGGGUUAAAUGCCACAAAAUGUGCACUUCAAAAAUGUUCUGACAGCCUUUCAAGCUGUAGUUUUAUGAUACUUAUUUUUAACAUUGUAAAUGAUAUGUCUUUAAAAUAAUUAGCUUUUAUUGUAUAAUUAUAAUGAGGCUACAAAUAAAUCUAAAUUAACUUUAUUUUCAAGUGGAAACCUUGCUACUAUGUUG